AUGAACGUUAAUGCAGUUACAUGUUUGAAAACGUAGGCAUCGUUUCAUGAAGAGCGCUGUCCUGUUUUCAUCUCUUGUAUUCGAGAUAUCAAUUGUUAUCAUAAAGUGUACCCAUGUUACCGAAAUUCGAUUCUCUUACUGCUGUAGAAAACUUGAACAUCAUUUCAUUAAAUUUUCAGUAAUUUAUGUUAGUGAAUAGUUAGUUAUGAAUCACCAAAGAGACAGAUAAAUAAUAACUACAUUAAAUCAAAAGAAAUUGUGAAAUAUUAAAUUGAAUCAGAUUAAGUCAGUCUACCAAGGAAAGUAAGUACUGCAUUAAAAACUAAUAUUUUAUAUUUUAUGCCAAAGAAUUAAAAUAUAGUGAAAUCAUGCCAGGAUCGGGCGUGGAGAAAGUGAGAAUGAAGGAAUUAAAAUGUGGUAGAUCAAUACAUUUUACAACUAAACGUAUUGGUAUCCAUAACUGGAUUAUUUGGUUUCUGAGUUUUCUAGCUAUUUUCAGUUUAAUUUUAUUUGCUUUGUCUUGGUUGACAGACUUUUUUGGUCAUGCCAUAAUCUCAAAUUUACAAUUACGCAAUGGUAGCUUAAGUUUUACCUGGUGGCAAAGACCAGCAGUCCGUGCUGUUUAUCGUGUACGCAUAUUUAACUACACAAAUGUUGAUGAUUUUGAAACUGGAAAAGUAGAGAAGUUACGAGUUCAGGAGGUUGGACCUUAUAUUUAUAGAGAGACUUUAACCAGAGUUAAUCCAUAUCUAGGAAAUAAUGCCAUGGCUUUAUCUAGAGACAUGAGCUUUUUAGCCCAGGUUUCAUUAACAGCUGUACUAUCAACAAUUCGAGCUAAACCUUUUAUAAGAGUACCAGCAGGUAACUUUCUCUGGGGUUAUGAUGAUGAACUUUUUCGUAUAGCUAAACCCGUCAUGGCUUGGCAUCAAGGUAUACCAUAUGAAAAGUUCGGGAUACUUGCUUUCAAAGCUGGACUCUCCAAAGAUCGAAUGACAAUUAAUACUGGAACUAAGGAUUUGAAAAAUCUCGGUAAUACCAUUGGAUUUAAUGGAAUGGAAAGCAGAAAUAUUUGGCAUGACAAAAGUUGUGAUAAAAUAGAAGGUUCGGACGGUAGUAUGUUCCCUCCACAACUAGUAUGGAAUCGUAAUUAUACUCUUAAAGUUUAUGCAAAAGAAAUGUGUAGACCUAUUCCUCUUCAGUAUUAUAGCGAAAGUCGAGCAAAGGGAAUACCUACAUUACGUUACAAGCUUCCGGAGGAUGUUUUUACUACAAGUUCAACACAUAACUCAUGCUUUUGUCAAAAGCAUACAGAUGAUUUUGGUAAUGCAACUUAUAUUUGUGCACCUAAAGGAUUAUUCAAUACAUCAGCUUGUAAUUUUGGAGCACCUAUGCUUUCAUCUUUCCCACAUUUUUAUCAGGCUGAUAAAUCACUUCUAAAAUAUGUUGAUGGUAUGAAACCUAAACAAGAACUCCAUGAUUCUUACAUUGAUUUACAUCCUCGUCUAGGUGUACCAAUUGGAGGCUGGUCUCGAGUGCAAAUAAACAUGGAGGCACGUAAAGCCGAUGCCGUACCUUUUAUGGGUCAUUUACAGGAUGGAACAAUUUUGCCAAUUCUGUGGAUUGAAAUCGGCAUAGACGAAAUACCAGAAUCGGUGAUGAAUAUCCUUUAUCACGCAUAUUACACGGUCAAUACUAUUGAAGCCUGCUUGCAUUGGGGAAGUUUGUUGGGGGUUAUGUUGUCCAUAGUAAUUUUAGGUUACAUUUUAAAAGCACGUCACACUGAUGAACAUACAGUGCUACACAGAAAUGUAUCUGGUCAGGAUCCCCUUCUUGAAGCAACAGUUUCAAGAACAAAAAAUUUACUGAUUAAAUUAUGGAGCUUACAGCUAACUGAAUUAUAUUUAAUUCUUAAUAUCAUUAACGGAACUGAAUUAAAGAUAAUAUAUUUAAAAGAAUAUAUAUAUUUGUAUAAUCCCUUUUAUAGCAGAUAUUAA